ACAAAAGAAAAAAAAUACAACGGCGCUACCUGUUUUGUUGACAUAUAAUUAUCAAACACAACAUUGAAGAUUUCCUGCCUGAAUCAUCUUCUCAAAUGGCUUCGAAUUACCGAAAAUCAGCUUCCUCUGCGAACCAAAAGAAAAAGACAAACUCCAAACUUGAACUGACCGAAGAGCAAAAGCAAGAAAUUAAGGAGGCGUUUGAUCUUUUUGACACUGAUGGAACUGGAGCCAUAGACGUUAAGGAGCUAAAGGUUGCCAUGAGAGCUCUUGGCUUUGAACCAAAGAAGGAAGAAAUAAAGAAGAUGGUUGCAGACAUUGUUAAAGAAGGAUCUGGAACAAUUGAUUUUAAUGACUUUCUCAGUAUAAUGACAGUUAAAAUGAAUGAAAAAGACUCCAAGGAGGAAAUAUUGAAGGCUUUCCGUCUGUUUGAUGAUGACGGCACAGGGAAAAUCUCAUUUAAAAAUCUGAAGAGAGUUGCCAAGGAGCUGGGGGAAAACCUCACAGACGAGGAGCUGCAGGAAAUGAUUGAUGAGGCCGACCAAGACGGGGACGGUGAAGUCAGUGAGCAGGAGUUCCUACGGAUAAUGAAGAAGACCAACCUUUAUUAAACCAGCUGAGUGUGCUACAGUCCAAACUCGAGGCAUUUUUAUACACUUUAGAUCUUUUUUUGGACUGUUUUUAUUCAUUAGCUUGCUUUUUUUUAUGUAGGCAGAAAGCUUUUCUUUGUAAAUAAAUGUUUUCAUAUACUGUAUCUUCGCACAGAAUGUUUCUACGAGACAAAUAAAUAUAUUUCAUCAUA